AUGGUCAUGGACACGCCGGAGAGGAACCAGAUCAACCCUUCCCUCUCUCGUGUCCAGGAUUCCCCUGUAUUCAAUUUCCUCAACGGUUUGUCGCCUAUAAAGACCGAGAAGCCUGCUCAGAUUGGUCAAACGUUUAGCUCGCUUAGCUUUCCAUCCCCUCCGCGUGCUUUUGCUUCACCCAAUCUUACCAGUUUCAAGGAAUCAAAAGUGCUCAAGAGGCAUAACCCUUUUGGGAAAUCAAGGCCUGGGGUGUCAUCUGAAGAUGGUAAUAAAUUUCAGAUAAGUGACGUGGCUAUUGCAGAUUCAUUUCAUCCAUAUCAUAACUCGAGGGAAUCUCAGGGAAAUUUUCAUGAUGGAAUAUCUGCAGUUGAUGAUUCGAUUGCUCUACCUGGUGAGCACACAGACUUCUCAGCUGAGAUACCACAGGCCUUAAAAUAUAAUAAUUGGGGUAACCCUGGCUAUGAUCCUGGUCAUGAGGAUAACUCUCUUGAUUCAAUUGAAGUCCUUAACCAGGAGUCGGGUGAAUUUGAUCCGAAGGGGCAAGAAUUAGAGCAUUGGGAUAAUUUAAUCUCUGGAGAUACUGACUUCUUCGUUUUCAAUUCCCCAAAUGAAGCAGCGGCUUUUAAGGAUAUAAUGCAGAAGCCAGAUUCCCAUCUUAUGCCUCUGGUACCGGAAUCUUCCAUAUAUAAUGGUUUGAGAGAUGAUAGCAGAGCUAAAAUAGAAGACUAUCGUCCCGAGCCUUUAGCAGUCACAGACCAAAUGCAGGACAAACAUUACGUUGCCAUGACUAGCAAUACAAAGGAGAAAGCAGCUGCUGAGUUUGCUUCUGUGAUGAAUCGUAGUAAGCGGAGGCGAUGUCUAGACUUUGAGACGGCCAGUGUGCAAAGGAAGAACUCAGAUCAUAAUUUAAAAUCCGAUUCUCUUGUACAUUCUAAUGAAAAGCAACUGGUUGCUGCAAAAUGCAAUAGCAGUUCACAGCAAUGCACUAUGCCUGCAGUUGGCUUAGAUUUGAAUGCACUUGCAGCCUUGAAGGGAGACAAAAAAGUCAUAAGUAAUGACAAUUGGCCUUGUGAAAUUCAUGUUAAUCUUCCUAGUUGCACUUCAAUGCAAAUCUAUACCAGUCAUGAACAUCAUGAUCCAUUGGCAAUGGAGGUGGAUUCAUCAGACAUUGGGCUUCAGCCAGUUGAGGAUAGUUCCCAUGCAUCAGAUUUCACUGUUGAUGAAGAUGUCAAUCAGAAUAGUCCCCAAAAGAAAAGACAUGGAGACUGCAAGCGUUGUAACUGUAAAAAGUCAAAGUGCUUGAAGCUAUAUUGUGAGUGCUUUGCUGCUCGUACCUACUGCACUGGCAACUGCUCAUGUAAGAAUUGCCACAACAAACUUGAUCAUAAAGACGAAGUCCUUCAAGCUCGCAAACAGAUCGAGUCUCGCAACCCUCUGGCUUUUACUCCUAAAGUCAUCCCUGAACCUGAAAUUGGGAAUGACCCAAAUAAAACUCCAGCACCAUCACGACACAAGAGAGGAUGCAACUGCAAGAAAUCAUCCUGCCAAAAGAAAUACUGUGAAUGCUUUCAGGCUGGUGUUGGAUGUUCCAUAAACUGUAGAUGCGACACGUGUAAGAACACGUUUGGUAGAAAGGACGGAGUAGAAAUCCAAGCAGAAAUAGAAAUAGAGACAUGUGGUAAAGAGAUUGUUGAAAAUUCAUCCCAAAAAAUUGAAAUUCAGAAUUCGAAUGGGAUGUCUAGUUCAUUGAAUUUUCUGUCAGAGGAAAGGAUGUUUGGGACUCUUUGCUCUCAGCCAACUGUUUCAGACCAGGAAAGGAUAGAUAUUCUUGGAGACAGAGGUAGAAAUGGAUAG